AUGGCCCAGGUUCCGGUGCAGACGAUCCAUCGGGAUCCCCAGUUGUUUUACUGGAUCUUGUUCCCGAUUACCGUGGUCAUGAUCUUGACUGGUAUUCUGCGACACUAUGCCUCGGUCAUGCUCGCCACCCCGCCCAAGAAGCUCGACAAGCCUGCUCUCCGCGAGCAACGCGCCAUGAUGCAUGGCGUCGGCGUGCGAACGAACCACCACGUCCUGUCGAAGAAGUCAUUCGAGGCGCGCCGUGACACGCUUGUUGCUGCGUAUGAGUCUGGUGCUUACCUCAAGGACCCCGAUCGCAAGGGCCAACCCCCCGCGAACCCGCUCACGGACCCGGGUGCGAUGGACGGCAUGAUGGGCAUGAUGAAGAACAACAUGGCGAUGAUUAUCCCCAAUACGCUGAUCAUGAGCUGGAUCAACGCCUUCUUCAGCGGAUACGUCAUCAUGAAGCUGCCGUUCCCGCUCACCAUCAAGUUCAAGAGCAUGCUCCAGGCUGGUGUCGCGACCAAGGACAUGGAUCCCCGAUGGAUGUCUAGCAUCAGCUGGUACUUCCUCUGCAUCUUUGGUUUACAAUCUGUCUUCAACUUCAUUCUGGGAAGUGACAAUGCCGCCAACCAGAUGGCCCAGCAAAUGGGACAGAUGGGAGGUGCCCAGGGCGCCCCCCAGAUGUUUGGGCCCGGUGUUGACCCCGACAAGCAGUUCAAGGGCGAGGCCGAGAACAUUGCCGUCGUUGACCACUACUCAGUUCUGGAUGAUGUGGAGCAAAGACUGCUCUCGGGUAUCAAGUUAUAG